GAAAAGAAGAAAGCCCUUUAUUGUCUUUAGAUAAUAAUGGAGGGAUUUCAAAGGGAAUGCUGGACUGGUUAUGUUGUGUGACAUGUGCUCACUGGAUUUGUUUGAAUUUCUCCUGUUUAAUUUCAGUGAGCUGAAUGAGAAUGCAGUUCUAAUGAACCUGAAGAAACGCUUUGACCACGAACUUGUAUAUACUUACAUAGGGAGCAUCCUUGUGUCUGUGAACCCUUACAAGUUGCUCAACAUCUACGGCACAGACAUGGUGCACCAGUAUGAAGGCCACGGUCUGAGUGACAACCCCCCUCAUCUCUUUGCCAUUGCUAAUCUCUCAUAUACAACCAUGAUGGAUGCCAAAAAGGACCAGUGUAUUGUGAUCAGUGGAGAAAGUGGGUCAGGGAAGACUGAGGCCACUAAGCUGAUCUUGCGUUACCUGACAGCCAUACAUCACAAACGCAACGUCACACAACAGAUAGAGAUCCUUGAGGCUACACCCCUGCUGGAGUCUUUUGGGAAUGCCAAAACUGUCCGCAAUGACAAUUCUUCACGCUUUGGCAAAUACACACAAAUCUACAUGGAUGAGGGUGUAAUCAGCGGUGCCAUAACGUCUCAGUACCUGUUGGAGAAGUCCCGCAUUGUCUUUCAGGCCAAAUCAGAGAGAAACUACCAUAUCUUCUAUGAGAUGCUGGCAGGUCUUCCCCCUCAUGAGAAGCGCUCACUCUACCUGCAGGAGCCUGAGACGUACUACUAUCUGAAUCAGGGAGGAAAUUGUACCAUAGAGGGUAAGGAUGAUGGGGAGGACUUCAGGCGUUUGCUGAGUGCCAUGGACAUCCUGUGUUUUACCCCAGAGGAGCAGAGCGGCAUCUACAGACUUCUGUCCUCUGUGCUUCAUCUGGGGAAUGUCUACUUUCAGCCACAUCAGGCUGAGGGUCAGGAGGCCGCGUCGGUGGUGAGCACACAGGAGAUCAGGGUGGUCGCUGAGCUGCUGCAGGUCUCACCGGAGGCUCUGCAGAAAGCUGUCACUUAUAAAAUGACUGAUACAGUGAGGGAAAAGAUCUACACUCCGUUGACAGUGGAUAGCGCCUUAGAUGCCAGAGAUGCUGUUGCCAAGAUCCUGUACUCGCUGCUGUUUAGUUGGCUGACAGAGCGCAUCAAUGGACGGGUCUACCCUCGCAACGAAGCCCUCUCCAUCUCCAUCCUUGACAUAUAUGGUUUUGAGGAGCUACAGGUGAACAGUUUUGAGCAGCUGUGCAUCAACUACGCGAAUGAAACUUUGCAGUUCUACUUCAACAGAGUCGUCUUCCAGGAGGAGCAGGAGGAAUACAUGCGGGAGCAGAUCCAGUGGCAGCAACAACCCUUCAGCAACAACCAGGCAUGUCUUGACCUUAUUGCUGCUAAGCCUUAUGGGAUCCUGCGCAUAUUGGACGACCAGUGCGGUUUCCCCCAGGCAACGGACCACACCUUCCUCCAGAAGUGCCACUAUCACCAUGGAAACAACCCACUGUACGUCAGACCCAAGAUGCCACAGCCCGAGUUCACGCUGAAACACUAUGCGGGGAAGGUCACCUACGAGGUCCACAAAUUCCUGGAUAAAAACUUUGACCUGGUCCGACAGGAUGUUUUAGACCUCUUCAUUCAAAGCAGGAACAGGAUGGUAUCGAGCCUAUUCUUGAAGCAUUCGGAGUCUUUGUCACAGCAGCGCUCAAAUCUGCGCCGCAACAGCACAGCUCGGCGUCAUCAGGCCAACACGGUCAGCGCAAAGUUCCAGAGCAGCCUGCAAGAGCUACUGGACAAGAUGGAGAGGUGUAACCCUUAUUUUGUGCGAUGCAUCAAGCCGAACCAACAUAAGAAGCCAGGAAUGUUUGACAUGGACCUGGUCAACACCCAGCUGCUUUACUCUGGUAUUAUGGAGACCAUCCGUAUAAGGAAGGAGGGUUAUCCAGCGAGACUGCCCUUUCACAGCUUCCUAUCAAGGUAUAAAGCUCUGCUCUGUCUGAAGGAUCCUCUGCCAGCCGACGGAGAAAAUUGUGUUAUCAUGCUUCACAAACUCUGUCCAGUCAAGGAAGGCUCAUAUCAGGUGGGGGUCAGCAAGAUUUUCCUGAAAGAGGAGCUGUACCAGCUGCUGGAAGGGAAGCGGGACCGUGUGCUGGACAUAGCUGCCAUGACGCUGCAGAGAUACGCCCGGACCUGUUUUGCCCGGCAGAAUUUUCUCAAAUUCAGGCGAGGUAUAACCCGCUUUGAAGCCCGCUGCAGAGGCUACCUGGCCAGAAAGAAGUUUGCUCUAAGGAGGAAAUAUCUCAUCAGACUGCGUUCUGCCGUGCUGCUAAUUGUCAACCGCCAGCGCUAUAUGAGGACAGUGGUGGAGCCUGCGAGGAAGGCAGAGGAGGAUCGGAUCAAUCGCGAAGUGGUGAAUGUGACAACAUUGCCUAUCCCUGCAGAGCUAGCUGGCUUGCUGCAGGUUGCUUCAGGCGGUGAAGAGCUCCAUUCUGACUGCUUGGCGUUGGUUCAGGCUCCAAAGGUUCAGGUUGACCCUCAGCUGACCCUGCCCCUCGACAUCAAUAACUACCUCAUGACGCACUACGUCCGGACCAUGUUCAGGGAGCCGCUGUUUGGGAUGCUCACUGCUCCGCUGGAGAACUCCCUGAUUCGUCUGGACCAGGAGCUGAAGCAGGGAUCUCUGAACGUUUUUAUUCUGAUACUCCGGUUCAUGGGGGAUCCGAUCUUGAACGGAGCUCAAGAGAACAUGUUUGGGAACUAUAUCAUCCAAAGGGGACUGGCCAACCCCAGCCUUAGAGAUGAGAUCCUGGCUCAGAUAGCCAACCAGGUGUGGAGGAAUCCUAACAUACUGAACUCCGAGCGGGGCUGGCUUCUUCUCUCCUCCUGUCUGUCUGCCUUCCUGCCCUCUCAAAGGCUGGCCAAAUACCUGCUUAAAUUUGUGUCGGACUACGGCCCAGAAGGCUACGACUGUGUGUGUCAGAACCGUCUGCUUCAGGCUCUGCAGCGCCUCAGCAUCGGGCCUGAGUACGCCCGGACGUACCCACCCUGUCUGCUGGAGUGGACCGCCAAUCGCAAGAAAGCCAACACUGUUCUGCACGUACACUGCAUAGAUGGGACUUCUUUCCUAUGCCCGCUGCAUUCCUGGACAACAGGAGAGGAGAUGGCCAAAAGCAUCUUACAACACAGAGGCGUGCAGGACGGCCGCCGGGGCUGGUCGGUAGUGCUGAAGGAGCCGGCUCAGUGGGUCGAACUCGAGGGCUCAGACUACGUUCUGGACUUGAUGUCAGACCUGGAGCUUCCCGCUGACUUCCCCAAGCACAGCAGCUACUUCAUCAUCUCUGCUCUGGAGCCGGCCAGAGUUCGGCCCAACGCCAGCAUAAGCCUGUUGGGUGGCGGAUUUGACAUGAGCGAUGACGUCAUUCCUUCAGCCAUAUCCGGCUCAGAUCGCCUCAGCCAAGAUUUAGAGCCUCAGAGAGGGAUGGAUCGUUAUCUCGACAGCCUGUUUGACCCUGUACUGUCUGACGGAGCUGGAGAAGUAGAAUCAGCUGCUGGACUGUCGGGCAGGAUGAAGGGGGCCGGGGGAGUUGGUGGGAAGUGGCAACAGCAGGGGCAGUCCUCCGGCCACCCACCUCCGGGAGCUGUGAGAGUCCUUCCUGUGGGAGGCGUGAUGUCGCCUCCUGUCGCCGCUGUGGCACCUGUAACACCUGGAGACCAGCAGGCUGUUUUGGCCCAGCAGCAGCAGGCGAUCGUGAACCAGCAGGCCGUCAUCAUGGCGCAGCAGAUGACCAUGCAAGCCAUGGCCAUGGUCGGCAGCCCUCUGUCGAGCCCCCCGACCUCCCCCAUCACGAGCCCUCCCAUGAGUCCCGUGCCCCAUCACCACCCUAGCUCGCACGCUUUCACCAGCCCGUACGCUGUCAUACCUCCAAGUCCAUAUGCGAACAUCCCGCCGAGCCCCUACGCUAACUUCACUCCGACUCCCUACGCAGCAGCAGCGUUCCCGCCCACCCCUCAUCCUCCUUCUGCUCAGCAGGAUCAGAGUCUAUCACAGGCAAGCACUCAGCCCCCUGCUGAUCCCCCGACUGAGCCUCAGGCCCAGCGGCAGCUUCGGCCUACCCGCCGUGACCCUCAGCUGAGCUCCUCCAAAGCCGAGCACGCACCACCAGCAUUUAAACCUGCUGCACAGACUCAGUCAGGCGUGGACAGCGUUUCUAGGAGAAAAGCUCCGGGCAUCCCCAUCAACAAGGAACCGGCCAGGAAAUUUGCCCCAGUGGUGACGUCUCCUCCACCCCCUGCCGGAGAAGUUGUGAAGUAUUCGUCUAAGGCUACAGAUCACAUCGUCCCCAGCCAAGACAUUCAAGAAAUCAUCCGAAGAUAUAACUCCCCGUCGCCACCUGUAGACCCACUACCAGCUGACAAAAGGAGACCAGAUGGGAAGUUCAACAAGAAGCAAACGCCUCGUGAUGAGGCUUUACAGAUCCUCAAACCCCAGAUGGAUAAUCCUCCUGCUCCACAGCCCAGACGUCCCGUUGGCCCGUCACCGUCUGCGUCUGCGGUGAAAGAGUCAGGCUUGAAACUCACCAAAAGCACAAAGACGAGGUCCCCGGGUCGCCCUCUGCCUAAACCUCCUCCAGUAUCCCGAGAGCUCCCCGUGGAGAAAGAGACCAUCCAGACGCAGCUUCAUCAUCAGAGCACCAACGAGGAGCAUUACACCUACACCAACGUGCCCUGGAGGCUGUAUCUCAGAAAGGAGGUGUUUUAUCCCAAAGACAGCUUCAACAACCCUGUGUUGCUCGAUCUGAUUUUCAAACAGAUAGUGAAUGACACCCUGUCAGAGGCGUGUGUUCGCAUCACCCGGGAUGAAAGGCAGAAAAUGAAAGCCCUUUUCGCCAAACACGGCGUUGAGCAGAACAUGGAUCCGGUGCAGGAGCACGUGAAGAAAACGAUCGUGACAGCAGCCAGGGAGACCUGGGAAAUUUACUUCUCCCGGCUCUUUCCUGCCUCGGGUAGUGUAGGGACAGGUGUGCAGGUGUUGUCGGUGUCCCACAGCGGUAUCAAAUUACUGAAGACCGUGAAAAGCAGCGCAGCAGCUCCAGACUACUUCAGAGUCCUGCGACCAUACACAUACGCGGACAUCCUGUUCGUGACCAUCCCAUCUGAGAACAUGCUGGAGUUCAAUCUGACCAACGAGAAACUGAUCCUGUUCUCCGCCAAGGCAUUACAAGUCAAACAUCUCAUCGACACCUUCAUCAACGAGAUCAAAAAGGACUCAGACUACGUCAUUGCAGAGCGUAACUUUGUGACAGACGACCGCUCGAUGCUCAGUUUCCAUAAAGGUGACAUCAUCAGGUUGCAGGUCAUGGAUGGGCUGGAGAGAGGUUACAGCUACGGCUGCGUGGUGAGGAAGAAGGUUGUGUUUUUGGAAGAGCUCAAACGGGACACCGAAGACUUUGGUUGGAAGUUUGGUGCAGUGUUUGGCCGCUCCGGGGCAUUCCCGACAGAGUGUGUCCACCCCGUUGCUCCUCCUGAUUUCCUCUCGCUGCCACUGGAUCGGAAGGCCGAGCCUCGAGGUGGAGCGGACCAGUUUGCGGUGUCGUCGGCCGUUGCUGUUGCUGUGGCGUCCACCAUGGCCGCGCACGAGAUAGAUCAAACGAUCGAGAGGGUUUCGCUUGACGGCUUCUCUGAUGGAGAGCCCGAUGAGAGGUUACUGCAGGACAGUAAAUACGACAUGCUGGAGUUUGCCAAGAAGUUCUUCAGACAGGCAACGAGCAGAGAGCGAGAUUCCCUGAAGAGUAAAAGCAAGACGAGAGAUUCCAGGGAGCCCAGUGAAAUGAUAAAAUUCUCCAAGACCCCUCUGACUGAGUCUCUGAUAGAGUUCACAGAUGUAGCUAUGAACCGAGUAGCAGCUGAUCUCUUCCUGUGCAUCAUGCGCUUCAUGGGUGAUUCUCCAUCGAGAGGGUCAACAGAACAAGAAGUAGUCAGCACAUUCCUCAAGCUCAUUGGAGAAUUCACCUUGAUGAGGGAUGAAGCUUACUGCCAGCUCCUCAAACAGCUUACCGCCAACACCAGCUCCAAACCUGAUAGUUGCCAACGAGGCUGGAGGCUGCUGUACAUCCUGACCGCUUUCCAUCGCUGCUCUGAAGUCCUCAAGCCUUUCCUGCUAAAACACCUGCAGCAGGCUUCUCGCAGCGCAGGAGCACAGUAUCAAGGCAUAGCUAAAGCAUGUGAGCAGAAUCUGAAGAAGACGUUUCUGUACGGCGGUCGGAUUGUUCCACCCAACGGCAUGGAGCUGAAAGCUAUGAUGGCUGGACGAAGCUCGAAACGUCAGCUGUUUCUCUUCCCUGGAGGCAUCGAACGGCACGUGAAAAUCAAAACUUGCACUGUUGCCCUGGAGGUGAUAGAGGAGUUGUGCUAUGAGAUGGGGUUACACACCCUUGAGGCCAUGGAAGAAUAUGCCAUAUUUUUAGUCACAAACAGAGGGCAGAAUGUGCGUCCUCUGAAUAAGAAUGAGUAUAUCCUGGAUGUCGCCACGGAGGCCGAGUCAGUCGACUCCGGCUACAGUCUCUGGUUCCGGCGCGUUGUCUGGACCCAGCCGCUCAGGUUUGAGAAUGAGCUCUGUGUCGCCAUGCAGUAUAACCAGAUCCUUCCGGACUACCGUAAAGGUCUGCUCAAUGUACUCUCACACGGCAAAGUGAGCGACCAACAGUUCCACCAAAUCUCCAAGCUGGCUGCUUUGCAGCAUAGAGCCAAGGACAUCAUCUACACUCCCAGCAUACACGAGCUGUCGGAGUACAUCGCCGCACCUCUCUUCCGAAAGCAGCCUCCCCAGCAGUGGGUUAACAUGGCGACGCAGCACAUGCAGCAAGUACAGCCUCUGAAUCCGCACCAGGCCAGGGCCCAGUUUCUCGGCCUGGUCAGUGCGUUCCCCAUGUUCGGCUCCUCGUUCUUCUACAUCCACAGCAGCAGCUCCACCACCUUCUAUGCUCCCUGCAUUCUUGCCGUCAACCCACGGGGUCUCCACUUCCUGCACAAAAAUACACACGAGCUGAUGGCAGUGGUCCCCCUUGUGGAGGUGCAGUCCAGUCGCACCCAGAGGCCCAGUGCUGGAGCCAGUUACCCGUAUGUGGACAUAACUCUGGGGGACACGGACACGCAGCGCAUCAUCCAGCUGCAGCUGGAGCAGGGCCUGGAGCUGUGUCGAAUUAUUGCCAUGCAAGUAGAAAACAUGAUGUCUGUGAGAGAAAAGAGGCUCACUCUGCCACCCAGCGAAAUCACCAUGCUUUGAUGGACGUGUGCACACGUUUCACGUAAAAUGUGUGACUUCUGCUGCUAUCACCAAGUGAAUAUAUGUCAAUACAUAUGUAUAUAUAUAUAUAUGUAUAUAACUGUGAAUGUAC